AUGGCGUAUGGGCUGCCAUCGUGCUCUCAUCAAAUUUUAAAACCAAAAUUUACUAAGAUACGCGAAGUUGAAAAACCGAAACGAGCGACAGUCGUGAAACCACGGAAAACGCAGGCAGAUACAAUUACAAGAAUAGCGAAACAAGUUCAUGCAAUAAUAGUUGAACCGCAGCUAGCCAUAAUGUUGGGAAUAAUAUUCCUGGCUCUUUAUAUUCAUCAUUACCACGCUGACGAAUCUAUUAUCGCCAAAGCUGUUGUUAAUUUAAAAGGCAACGCAGCGUCGCAACAUUUGGGCGAAUGGUUAGAAGCGAACGUUCCUAAAUUCAUCGGGAUAGUUAUGGCAGUUGUGGUAUCAACGAUGAUAUCAAAACAAUACUGUGCAUCUAUUGCUGUCGCGUCAAUAUUAUUGAUAGUAAUAAUGCCGGGAACGGCGGUAUCAUUUUAUGUAAUGACAUCUCUGUUCGGACUCCUGAUGACUCGUCUGAAGACAUCAGUUGAUAGGUACAUUAUAGCGGUUAUCGCGAUUGUCGCUUAUCUUUAUUUUAUUUCGGACAUAACUGCAGAUAAACAUCUGCGCAAAAAUUGUAAUGUGACGUCAAACAUCACAAAUACAACGGCCUGA